AUGCAUAUCUGGGCCAUGGUUUUUGGAACAAAGAGUUGGCCAGCAUAUCUGGCUUCCCGAAGAGAUAGGCUUAAGCUUUUUGUAGUGCAAUCCAAUGGGCACUUCCUUGAAAUUAUUUUUGCCAGAGCAUCUAAUCCAGUGGGCACCAGAAUUGAGCAAAAUGAAUCAUCUGCCCAAGCUGCUGUGGCUUGCACCAAAUCGCAGAAGCGGUUGAGUUUUUUUUUCAGGGAUAACCUGAAAAAAGAGGAGGCAAAUUAG